GUGCAGAGACUUCAGUCAAAGCCUGACUCCUGCAACGGUUCUGCCGUUUUCGUGUCGCCAGGAUGUCUCGUGAUUAUUUUGGAUUUUCUCUCGUGUCCAGAAGUGUAAGAAAUAGCAGCAAUGGGAACACGGUGGCCCUUAACAACCCAGCAGACAUCUCUGUUAUUGUCAUCUACUUUCUGGUUGUCUUAGCUGUGGGAGUAUGGGCUAUGGUACGCACCAACCGCUCCACCGUGGGUGGCUUUUUCCUCGCAGGAAGGAGCAUGGUGUGGUGGCCAAUUGGAGCAUCCUUGUUUGCUAGCAACAUAGGCAGUGGCCACUUUGUGGGGAUUGCUGGCACUGCUGCAGCAGCAGGAAUAGCCACUGGUGGAUUUGAAUGGAACGCCCUUAUUGUUGUUGUUAUCCUUGGAUGGCUCUUUGUGCCGAUCUACAUCAAAGCUGGGGUGGUUACCAUGCCUGAGUACCUGAAGAAAAGGUUUGGAGGAUCUCGCAUUCGAAUCUACUUGUCUGUACUCUCUCUGAUCCUCUAUGUCUUCACCAAAAUUUCAGCUGACAUGUUUUCUGGAGCCAUUUUCAUCAACCAGGCUCUUGGGCUGAACAUCUACGUUGCAGUUAUUGCACUCCUACUGAUCACUGCAAUCUACACUGUCACAGGUGGUCUGGCUGCAGUCAUAUACACAGACACGUUACAAACGAUCAUUAUGGUAGUCGGAUCCUUCAUUCUCAUGGGCUUUGCUUUCACUGAAGUGGGGGGCUAUGACAAUUUCCAACGGCUCUACAUGCAGGCCAUCCCCACCAACACAGGAAACAUCAGCGCUGAGUGUUACGAGCCUCGACCGGACUCCUUCCACAUUUUCAGGGAUGCAGUCACUGGAGACCUGCCAUGGCCAGGCCUGGUGUUUGGACUCACCAUCCAGGCCACAUGGUACUGGUGCACUGAUCAGGUGAUUGUUCAGCGUUGCCUGUCCGCCAAGAGUCUCUCUCACGUAAAGGGUGGUUGUAUCCUGUGUGGCUACUUGAAACUGCUGCCGAUGUUUCUCAUGGUUUUUCCUGGGAUGAUCAGCAGAAUUCUCUAUACUGAUGUGGUGGCAUGUGUGGACCCAGAAGAAUGUCAGUCAUACUGUGACUCUAGUGUGGGAUGCAGCAACAUCGCCUAUCCCAAGCUAGUGGUGGAUCUCAUGCCCAACGGUUUGCGAGGUCUAAUGCUGUCUGUGAUGUUGGCGUCUCUGAUGAGCUCCCUCACCUCCAUCUUUAACAGUGCAAGCACUCUCUUCACAAUGGAUAUCUACACCAAGAUCCGCCCCAGAGCCAAAGAGAGGGAGCUCAUGAUUGCUGGCAGAGUGUUCAUUUUGGGUUUGAUUGGUGUGAGCAUCGCUUGGAUCCCCAUUGUCCAGACAGCUCAGAGUGGUCAGCUCUUUGACUACAUCCAGUCCAUCACCAGCUACCUGGCUCCACCCGUUGCAGCCGUCUUCAUGCUCGCCAUCUUUUACAAACGUGUCAAUGAGCCUGGUGCCUUCUAUGGACUCAUGAUUGGUCUGCCAAUAGGCCUGGCCAGGAUGAUUGCGGAGUUUAUCUAUGGAACGGGUAGCUGUGCUAACCCCAGUGACUGCCCUACAAUUAUUUGCGGCGUGCACUACCUUUACUUCGGCAUCAUCCUGUUUGUGUUGUCCUGCAUCAUCAUCAUUGGAAUAUCUCUAAUGACCAAACCCAUUGAUGACAAACAUCUUUACCGACUUUGCUGGAGCUUGAGGAACCGUACUGAAGAGAGAGUGGACAUCGAACAAGACGACUGGGUUGGUGAUGAUGAUGAUGAUGACAGCACAGAUGAUGAAGAUUCUGACAAAAAACCAGGCUGCUGCAAAAAAGCACUGAUGUGUUUCUGUGGCCUGGAGGACAACAAAGCCCCAAAACUGACUCCAGAAGAAGAAGCAGAGCUGAAGAAGCAACUCACAGACACCACAGAGGUACCUCUAUGGAGGAACGUCGUGAACGCCAACGCCAUCAUCCUUUUAUGUGUGGCUGUGUUUUGCCAUGGCUUUUUUGCUUAGAGGAACUAAAAGGACUUUGAUUGUCAACUGGAUGCUGUAAUAUAUCAUUUUGGUCACACACUUUUAUAUGGAACCAUGACACAAAAACUCUGUACCGUCCAAAAGAAGACGAAGCCGUUCCUUUCUUUGUGUUGUGUAAUGACCAAUGAUCUCAUUCAGGACAUAAUGUGUGUUUUUCUUGAAUAGUUUGCCUUUCCAGUUAACUUUUCUUUGUAUUUGUCAAAAAGUAAACCCUGCUGUAAUAUAUUAACACAUCUACUUUGCUUAAAUACACAGACAGUAUUCACACAUUUGUCAUGAAUGUGCAGAUUUAAAUGUUAUAUUCUUCUACAAAUUAUUUUUUGUUUUCUCUGUGCUUAUAUACUACUUUCUUAAUGUAUUUUCUAGUAGUAUCUGUGUUAUUGAGUGCAGGUUUAUGUUUUCCCCUCAAAAAGAGCACUUAUGUAUGGAAAAAUUGAAAAGCAAAUAAGGUUUUUCAAUUGUAGUAAUAAAUAUUUCACAAGAGCAAUACACACUUGAUCUUAACUCAGUUCAACAGUAGAAGCUCUUUUAACGGGGAGAUAUAAAAGCUUUUUUAAUAGUGUCAUAAACUGUGCAGUUUACAUGACAAAAAUUAACCUGGGAUGCUGUGUUUAGUCAGGAAAAAAGAGGAUUGAGAUAACAAAGAACGCCCCGUAAAAUACAUAUAAUAUGUAACUGAUGAAGGACGAGGGAAAGGGCUGUAAAUCCCCUCUGAAUCUUUCCUUCUACUCCAUCAUUCCACUUCAGCUGGGAUUUUUUUUUUAUUAUUAUUCAGGCUCAAAGUCCGUCACUUCUGUCACAUCGAUUCCUGCAAGUGUACGUGUUAAUGAAUAAGGAUAUCUCCAUGAGGAAAACAGUCUAUUUCUCGAAAACCUCUUCUUCCUUCCAGUGGUUUAUUCUUUUUGUGUUAAAAGUGUAAAAUACAGAUUUUAUUCUAUUAACCUUCACAUUUAUUUUUCUUAUUCACAUGUACUUAUGUAAAUCAUAUUGUUAAAUAAAUGCUGAACAAGCUGUGACUCAUACUAAAAGAGAUUGAGUUUUAUUUCAGUUUUAUGCCUGCACGGUCGAUAAUCACCGAUUAUAUGGCACACAGAAGUUUGUUGCUGUUAAAUGUUCUUUGAUUUCUGACCGGGUUAUCGGGUAAUGAUCCCUCCAGUUUUAUCUUAUCGGUCUCAUCUCAUUAUGUGGCAGCUCUAAAUAACUUUCUAUCUGAUUGAAUUGUACUGGCAGUUUGUGACCUGCAGCUUCGCUAAGGUUAAAUAAAACGUGUGAGGAUCAAA